CACACUGUAGUAUUGAAAAGACCAGAUCUGUUCUGGCAGAUAUUGUAUUGUUUUUUGUCGGGCAAAUAGAAAGGAGACGCAGGUUUCGAAUACAGAAGCAAUCAUGGCAACACCAACGCCGCCAUUUCAUACAGACCAAAACCAACAACGGCAGCAGAUAUCCGCACCACCGCCACCGCCAACGGGGCAAAACAUUGCGCCAUCGGGAGCAUUCCCAGGUUCUUUAACACCCGGUUGGAAUGAUCCUCCGCCCAUUUCGGCGGAUGUCGUGACCAGCACCGCAAACAGCCGACGUCCACGUCUCGAUCUUCGCAAGCGUGUGGCCCAUCCGAUUGACAGCGUAGCUGUUCCACAGCCGCCGGACGUAGGCUCACCCCGACCCGUAGCCAUGGUGACACCCAAUCGGCAAAUACAACAACCCAAUUUAAACAACAUAGUGGGCGGCAUAGCGGAUGCUGGAGGAUUUGUCGGAGGAGGAGAGGGAGGACCAAAUGCCAAUAGCACGCGACUGCCACCGUUGGGUCAUGCUGCUGGAAUCGAUUCCUCAAAGGUGCCAGUGGCCAUGAUAACUCCAAUGCAGAAAUAGCACAUAGGUAUCGCCAAUUAAGGGCCUAGAUUAAGGAACUUUCGGGCGGGUUGGCAAAUCCAUUAUUUUUCUAUGUAAUCCACUUAAGACACCUCAAAAAAAACAAAAGGUAAACUCUAAAACUUCUUUAUCAACUUGGUUUGGAAAUUUUAAAUUUACCAAGCUUUCUAAAAAAUACAAUUAUUUCCUAGAA